AUGAAUCUACUGUUUAGUCAAACUCAGACUCCGGUGGACUUUGAUUCACCCGAACCUUUAUGGUUCGGUAGCCAAGGUCCUAGGGAGUCUGUUGUCCCUCCUGUAGUCGAGCCUGUUGUCGAGUCUGGUGGUGAGUCUGGUCUCAGGAGGAAGUGGUCUCCGAUGGAGGAUAAGAUCCUUAUUGGUGCUUGGCUUAACACCAGUAAGGAUCCUAUCAUCAGCAAUGAGCAGAAAGCUGGUUCUUUCUGGAGGCGGAUUGUAGAUUACUACAAUGCAAGUCCGCAGCUGGUUGGGACUGUACCGAGAGAGCUAGGUUCCUGCAAGAAGAGGUGGGGGAGGAUCAACACAGAUAGAAGUGGCCAAAAUGACGAUGAUGUGAUGAAGGCGGCGUUGGAAAUUUUCUUCAAAACUACCGAGUCCAAGUUCACCAUGGAUCACUGCUGGAGGGAGCUGAGGCAUGACCAAAAGUGGUGCUCUGUCUACGGGCCGAAGGAGGGUGGAAAGGAAAAGCGUAAACAAGUGAUUGAUGUUGAUAGAGAAGAAGAGGAAGUCGGUGAACCAGAAGGUCGACCUCCCGGGGUUAAGGCUGCCAAAGCUGGUAUCAAGAAGAAGAAAAGUGGUAGAGAGGAGGAGCUGGGGAAGCUUCAGGGGGUUUUAGAAGUCAAAGAAAAAGUGUCUAGAGCUAAGAUUCUAGAUCGUUUACUCGCGAAGAAGGAGCCUUUAACUGAGAUGGAAACAAAUCUAAAAAUGAAACUAAUGUCUGAAAUGCUUUGA